UAUAAAUAGUUUCAUGUGUGUAGCACAAAAAUGGGGGAUGUUAAAACAUGUUCCAUUCGCAUAUGCCAAGACGGACACGCCAAUGCUUUGGCGUUGAACAGAGAAUGCACUCAAAUCGCCGUAGCAGGCCGUAGCUUACUAAAGGUGUUCUCGAUCGAAAACGAUGGAUUCACGGAGGUAUGUAAUAUGCGUGGCGGGAAGAACCAAAAUCUAAGCUACUCCUCUAACGAUGUGGCAUGGAGUGCGCUGGAUUCAAACAUACUCGCAACCGCGGCAACGAACGGUGUCGUAUCGGUGUGGGACUUGUCGCGUUUCGGUCGCCAAAAGCAGCUGCUAGUGUACAAUGAGCACGAGCGUACGGCGCACUCGGUGGCUUUCCACGGAACGGAAGCAAAUCUUUUGAUAUCCGGAUCGCAAGAUGGCACCAUCAAGUGUUUCGAUCUGCGCACGGACAAAUCGGCCAUAAACACGUACUUCAGCAAUUCGGAAAGCGUGCGGGAUGUAAAGUUCAGUCCACAUGCGCCCAACACGUUUGCUGCUGUGUCCGAGAACGGCACGGUACAGCUGUGGGACAUCCGCCGGAAUGACCGAUGUACGGCCCAGUUUACGGCGCACAGUGGGCCAAUCUACACCUGCGAUUGGCAUCCGAAUCAGUCCUGGCUGGCGACGGGAAGCCGCGAUAAGCAGAUCAAAGUUUGGAACACGAACCCCAAGAACUCAUCGCACGAAAGUGCGAAAAACGUUUCCCUCGAGUACACUAUACAUACGAUCGCGGUGGUUGGCAGGAUACGAUGGCGUCCGGACAAGAUGUUUCACAUUGCAAGCUGUGCGCUGGUGGUCGACAACAGCAUCUACAUCUGGGACCUUCGCCGACCGUACAUUCCGUAUGCUUCGUUUAACGAGCAUUCGAAUGUUACCACAGGCAUAGCGUUCAAGGGUAACGAUCGGCACGUGCUACUGUCCACCAGCAAGGACUCGACGAUAUUUAAGCACGUAUUCAAGGACGCGGCACGGCCGGCAAUGAAGGCUAAUCCGCAAGGUGCCAACUUUAACUACAAGGGCGAUUUGCUGUACGCGUACGAGAUGAAGCUUAUUCCGCCGCCACCGCCCUCCAGCUUGCUUAGCCAGGGAACGGCCCUGUUGGGUUCGCGUCAAAAAACGCCUCCGUCGGCGGAACAGUUCCAUCUGGCCAAAUCGAAUCUGUCCAACUUUUCGACCAAAACUAUCAACGUGAAUGCGAAGGACGUGACCAAAACAUCGCUCCUAAAGGACUACCUCGCACUGAAGGGAUGCGCCAAAGAGUACAUUCUGACCGGUGCGUCUCUGGCGGAGAUUUGUAGCCACAAUGCGGCAGUUGCGAAAAAGUAUGGCAAAUCGAAUGUUAGCUUUCUGUGGAAUUUUAUUAGCCAACUGUACGCGUACAGUUCCAUCGCCAACAUGAAGCUGGAGCAACGCAAUUCGAACGCAAUAGCUCAUGGCAGCGGUCGUCUGAUGGCGCAAAACUCCAACCAAUCGAGCACGGGACGCAGCGAAGAUCGUGCGAUGGGUAGCGGCCCCAGCACUGGCCCGGCAAAUGUCGCAAAUAACAGCAGCACUGACGAUUUUCUCGAGUUUGCAAACAGUAAAACCGCCCACGAAACACACGGCUUGGGGCAGCUGCUAUCGGUGGACAUUGAACCGGACAAGUGCGAUUUCGUGUUCGGCGAGACGGAGCUAACGUUCGAUUCGGUCGACUGUAUAAAAGGCUUUCGGGAUGGAUUUCUUUACACCGGUCCGCACGACCUGGUGAAAGACUACACCUUCCCAUCGUCGAAUCUAAUGAACGCGCACGAGUUGCAUCAAACGCAGCCUCGCAAGCAUCUGAUGGCUGAAAAAUCGCUCGAAACUUCACCACCACCGAAUACGGCGCCGACCUUCCUAAAAAUCUCCGACCACAACCCAUCCCCGCCGAUCUGGGAACCGCACCAGGUGCUGGCUGACUGUUUGACGUUGCAGACGGAAAUUGGUGACGUGCAGACAUCGUCCUGCAUUCUAAUGGCACUCGGGGAGCGCAGACAUAGCUUGCAGAUAGACGAGAGCUUCCAGGAGAACUGGCUGCUGUCGUACAUCGAGCUGCUUCACCGGCAUCAGCUCUGGAACGAGGCAUCGCAGGUGAUCAACAUCAGCUGGAUCCGAUCGGUAUCGGAGAUGAACCAGCAGUCGACGACCAUGUACACGAGCUGUGGCCAAUGUUCGAAGCAACUGGUUGGAUCGGUGGGAUGGUAUUGCGCACGCUGUAAGUCUACUCAAAGCUCGAAGUGCAGCGUUUGCAAUGGGGUCGUUCGCGGCCUGUACGCCUGGUGCCAGGGAUGCUCGCAUGGAGGCCAUCUGGAGCAUAUGAAGCAUUGGUUUGCAAACAACUCCAAGUGUCCGCGGUGUGGACAUUUGUGUGAGUACGAAUAGGCGAACCUGCGAAACAAGAACUGCGACUGU